UCGGGUUCGGUCUUCCUUCCAUGGAAUCAGCUGGCAGUAGUCUAUUUUACUAGUGACAAUUUUAGCUAGUUCUGCAAUAGUGAUGCAGACGGGAACAUUGUUUGGGAAAGGGAUAAUAUAGUUAUGCCAUAGGAAUAUAAAAUGCAGGUAGUAAAACAUAUUUGCCGAUAUGCAAAAAAUGUGAGAGGCCUUUUUGUAAGACGACGGAGUUCGAUCCCGAUCUUGAGAGGGACUCGCUCAUUUCACAAUGAGGGGAGAGGACCGAUAUAUUCAAACAAGAAAACAGCAGUUACUUUGGGCAUUGUAGCAGGAAUAGGUGUUGGUGUGGUGUACAUCUACAAUGUAAAUAGUUCUAUUGCUGAUUGCAAGACCUUUCCCCAGAAAGAGGAUAUAGACACAGGGGUAACAGUUAAAGCAAGGCAGCUAUCACGAGAGGAAAUUAUUGAAAAAGCACGAGAUAUUGUUCAAAGAAUUAAGGAUGAGUGUGGUAGUCCAGGUCUGGUUGUUGGGGUCAGUGUGGAUGGUCAAACUGUGUGGACAGAAGGAUUGGGGUAUGCUGAUGUGGAAAACAGAAUCAAAAUGAAACCAGAGACAGUUCUUAGAAUCGCCAGCAUCAGUAAACCCAUCACUAUGGCAGCUGUUGCUAAGCAAUGGGAAAUAGGAAAACUAGACCUUGACAAACCUGUACAGUACUAUGUGCCUUCAUUCCCAGAGAAGAAAGUCAAUGAUGUUACAGUCCAGUUAACAACACGGCAGCUGGUAUCACAGAUGGGAGGAAUUCGCCACUACCGUAAAGACUACAUCAAGAAAAAAGAGGAAAAAGAAGAAAAGACAAAUCUAAAUGAGAACAGUGAGAAAAAGAAUGCAGGAAAACAGGGUAAAAGUGGUAAUAACAAGUCAGAGGCUCAACAGGAUGAAAUGGAGUUAGAGGAAUAUUACAUCACCAGAAAGUACAAAAGUGUGAAAGAGAGUUUGACCUUAUUUCAGGAUGAUCCACUGGUCCACAGUCCUGGCAGUAAGUUUCUGUACACAACACAUGGAUGGACUUUGAUCAGUGCUGUCCUAGAGGCUGUAACCAAAGAACCAUAUGAGAAACACAUCAUCAAAAUGGUGAAGGAACUUGGCAUGGAUAAUACAUUUCUAGACGAGCAUUCUCCUCUUAUUUAUAAUCGUGGAAGGCAUUAUGUCAUGAACAAUAAAAGUCAGUUGCGCAAUGCUCCAUACGUCGACUUGUCAUAUAAGUGGGCAGGAGGAGGUCUGUUAUCCAACAUCCCUGAUCUUCUGAAGUUUGGAAACGCCAUGUUGUACAGCUACCAGUGUCCAAGUAAUUCCACAAACAAAAACAGUUCCUUAAAUACUAGUGACUCUCUAAAACAGGGCUUCCUGAAGCAAGAGACUAUGAAAUCAGUAUGGACCCCUUUGUUUAAAGCAAGUAAAGAGAAAGACGUGUUCUAUGGCAUGGGCUGGUUUGUUGAUGAAGAAGGCCAAAAAUAUGGGCAGGGAAAACAGAGCAGAUUUUGUGCCUCUCACACAGGUGCUGCUGUCGGUGGAAGCAGUGUUCUUUUGAUUUUGCCCCCAUCAACCAAAAUGGUGGAUCAUCCACCAAAAGGAGUGGUAGUGGUUGUCAUGGUGAACAUGAUGUCAGUAAAUCUGAGUCCGACAGCUAUGGAGGUGGCUAAACUGUUUGAAAAUUUUGAAAAAUAUCAGACAUGAUGAAAAGCAGCAUAUUAGGUGAUGAUGUCAGAUUCUGACUGUAUAAACAGAAAUCCAUGAAGUAUACCCACCAGAAUGAAUGUGAAUUAUAUUAAUACAUGUAGAACAUGAACCCAGACUGCAAUUGAUUUGUUAAUGAUGUUUGAAAUUUUAGAAAAUUUCAGACCUGAUGAAAAGCAACAUGUUUAGUGACAGGUUGUCAAAAUCUGAGAAUGUAAACAGAAAUCUGUAAAGUGCCUUAAAGAAUCAAUAUGAACUCUAUUUAUGCAUGAAAUGCAUGUACAUGUACCCAGACUGCAGUUGAUUUGUCAGUAUUACAUAGAAAGGUUUCUUUUUAGAUAUUAAGUAAAUCAAUGGCAAUAUUUAAUGAAAUUCCUUAAAUUGAUUAAGAUGAUCUGUAAGUUCUUAAGAUUCACACAAACUUAUACCUUU